AUGAACGGAUCAACAUCUGGCUCGGCCGACGACUUGUUCAGCUUGGCCUUGAACUCCUAUACGACUUCUUCUUUCGGCGCUGCAACCGCUGGCGAUGCACCUCUUUCGGUACAACAACCUAUCGACCGCGUGGUGGGGCUCGCGCCCGACUCUUCUUAG